UCUGAGGCCAGAGUUCGGCGCAGCCCCGUGACGUCAUACCGAGGCGUUGUGAAGGAGGCGGAAGCUAAGAACCAAAGCGGGCUGCGAAGAGCUACGUAACACCGCCGGAACGCCCCAGCGCGGGCCCCGCGCUCCUGCCGAGCCCUCUAUGCGCGGCGCGCGCCUGCGGUAGCUCGGUGGCCGCCGCCCCGCUGCGGCCGGAGCUGGAAGUGCGGCACCAUGAGCAGCGGCCCCGGCACCCCGGGGAAAGCUGCGGGAUCCCCGCUCCCCGCCGGCAGGAAACGGGACUCGGGGGGGCCGCCGGCCCUCCCCGUUAUCAAGGACAUUGGAGAAAUUCAUUCCCGACUGCUGGAUCACAGGCCAGUUAUUCAAGGAGAAAUACGUUACUUUAUUAAAGAAUUUGAAGAAAAACGUGGCCUCCGAGAAGUGAGAGUUCUUGAAAACCUAAACACGAUGAUCUAUGAGACAAAUGACCAAACUCUCCCUAAAUGUGAGCAGGUGAUGCAUGGCGAUCUGAAUGAAGUGUUGAAGAGAUUGCAAGCAGCCAACCAUAGGAUCCUCACACUCCAGCAGAGGGAGCAGGAAGAAAGAAAGCUUCAGACUGACACGCUAAUGGCUGGUGAAAAGCAGCGUCUAGCCCAUUGGGAAGUGUUCAUGAAAGACCAACACAACAAACGAGCAGAAGUGGAUGAAGAGCACAGAAAAGCUAUGGAGCGCCUUAAAGAACAAUAUGCUGAGAUGGAGAAGGACCUGGCUAAAUAUUCUUCUUUUUAAGACCUUUUUCAUUGUUGUUGUUGUUUUGUGUGCCAGUACUCUCUUGCUUCAGACUUAUCAGAACAACACUGAGGUUCUUUCAGAAAGCCUAAUCAAAAUAGAGGUUAAAAAAAACCCCCACAUCCUGCUGUAACUAUAACAAAAGUUUGAUUUAGCAAGAAGAGUUUUGCAUACCUCCAACUUUAAGUGCCUCUACAAGCUUGUUUUGUUCAAGGUGAUUAGUGUUAUCAUUAUCUUAGUUUAUAGGACAGGCAGGUCUAGAAAUGGAGUAAUGCCUUUAUACCAUGGCUACAUCAAUUUCGGGAGUUGCAAACUAGAAUUCCUUGGCUUGUGAAGACAGGAGGAAGUCUGCGGGAAAGAAAACAAAAACUAAAUUAUCUCUCUGUAUAAGGCCACAGCCCUGCCAUAGAGAGCAGGUAUUAUAAAUGCAAGCCAUGCUUGGCUGAAAUUAGGAUGUACACACUAGUUAACAGUUAUUUUGGGAAAACCAGCAUGUCUUGCAAAUCAGUGGAUUCUGAAAGGCUAGAAUGCGUUACUCAGGUACAGUUACAGCUGCACUGUUAUGAAGUCGAGUUGAGAUAUUAAUUGCUCUCUAAAAUAGGCACCACAGGAGUGGCUGUGAGGUCACAGGAAACCAUGAUUUUUCUCUGUGUAACUGGCUCAUAGCAUUCUUGUAGCUUUACACUCCUAAGAAUACCUCCCCCCACCCAAACCACCUAAAAGUAACUUUUAAAAGUAUAUCAGUCCUUCCAUUAGCCUUUUAUCAGGUAUGGUAUUUACCUUAAGUAUUUGUCCUGCCAUUGGUGCACUCAGUAGGAUGAGCAGUGCCCACCUUAUUCGGACUUAUUACCUAAAAUCUGUUGUGAUAACCUUAAUACAGUUGAGGAAAGAUCUUUGUUUUUGUCAGCAUGGCAGUCAAGUAAGUGGCAUUAAAAGUGAAGCAUCUGCAGUAUUAAUUUGUGUUCUGAUUAACAGGAGUAUUUGCGAGCUCCUGUGAUCACUGUGGUCUUUUCUUUUUAUUUAAAAUCUUCAUGUAAUAGCAAUAUAACUGAAUGACUAGCUUAAUUAUCCUUUUGUAAACCAAGUGAAAUUAAAUGCAAUAACAGAAUGAAACUUGAUGCAAGCUAACCUGAGAGAUUGGAAGAUCUUUCAAGUAUUAUUUUAAGUACUAUGCAAUAUAAAAUAAAAACAGGUAAAAAUAAACAGAACUUGCUCAUUAUCUGUGUUGGAAUUGCACUAUGCAGACAAUGGUGCCUGUGUAAAUUUAUGGCUUGGUGUCAAGGCUCCAUUCCUGGCAGCAAGUUGAUAAUGUGAUUAAAGUUAGCAGAGGAGA